GUCUUACUGAUAGUAUUCAUUGACUUGUAUUCGAACAAGGUACCAGUUGGUGUGCAGAGGGGAAAGGAGCCUCAAACACGGUUAAGGGUAAAUAUUUUGUUCAGAUAAGUUUGGUGGAUAUAAGAUCGGAUAAAGGAUGGGUGAUCCGGACAAAGAUGUCGACCAGAUCCCCGCUGCGGAGAGACCUGGUGGUGAGAAAGUGGUCCUGAAACGGACAUUAGGACUGGCUAGUUGCAUCAGCUUCAUCAUUGGAAUAGUUAUUGGAACAGGAAUAUUCGUCUCACCCAAGGGUGUCCUGCGAGGGGUUAAUGGUUCCGUUGGCUGGGCAAUGAUCCUCUGGACCCUCUGUGGCCUCAUCUCGAUGACAGGCGCCCUCUGCUACGUGGAACUCAUCACCUCCUACACCAAGUCAGGUGGUGAAUUCACCUUUCUACUUGAUGCCUUUGGUCCAGUAGUGGCCUUCCUUCGCAUGUGGACAUUGCUCUUCCUCAUCGGGCCAUCGGCCAACGCUGUUCAGUCACUUACCGUCGCCAACUACCUUACCGUGCCGUUCUUCGGGUGCGACGAGGUUCCUCCGCCACAGUCCGCGGUUGUUCUGAUUGCCAUCUGUGUUCUGUUUUUAAUCUUCUUUGUAAACUGUAUUAGCGUGAAGUGGACAGCCCGACUUCAGGUGUUCUUUACAGUAGCGAAGGUCUUCGGUCUCAUCAUCCUCAUCAUCACCGGACUUGUCUUCAUCUUUAAGGGUCACGUGUCAAACCUUCAAAAUGCUUUUGAGGAUACGGAUAUUAGCAUCAAGGGUGUCCCACUCGCCAUCUAUUCGGGAAUAUUUGCAUAUGCGGGCUGGGACUACAUUUCUUCCAUGACAGAAGAAGUUAAGAAACCAGAAAAAACGAUCCCGAUUAGUGUGAUGAUAUCGAUGUCGACCGUCAUCGUCAUCUACCUCCUCGCUAACAUUGGCUACUUUUCUCUGCUGACUCCUCAAGAAGUGUUAUCAUCAGACGCAGUAGGGGCUGACUUUGGGGUGAGGGCAUUAGGCAACUGGUCUUGGUUGAUCUGGCUGUUUGUAGCCCUUUCUGCUGCUGGUAAUCUCAACGGAGCCGUCUUCGGUAGGACCAGAACUUUCUUCGUAGCAGCACGAGAGGGCCUCCUACCAGAAUUCUUAUCGAUGAUUCACAUUAACCAUCUAACCCCGAUUCCUGCCAUCGCAAUUUCGCUCCCUUUUAGUAUCAUGUUCAUCUUGGUGGGUGACGCCCUUGUUCUGAUAGAGUACCUUACAUUCAUCGAUUGGUUCUUCUCGGCCUUGACCAUCGCCAUCAUACCAUACUACAGGUGGAAGUAUAAGGAUAUGAGGAGACCAUUCAAGAUUCCUCUUCCAUUUGCUAUUAUCUUCAUCAUCUUCACUCUGUUUAUCAUGGUGAUGACGUUCUACGCUAAACCCAUUCAUUCUCUUGUUGGAGUUCUUGCUACCCUGGCCGGAAUACCGGUUUAUUAUCUCUGUGUUUGGUGGAACAACAAGCCCCAGUGGAUGAUCAAUGCUACGUUGAAAGUCAACCUGUUAUUCCAGAAGUUUUUCUUUGCUAUCCGACAAGAAGAGAAGACCUAUUAGAAAGACCAGCGGUGACGAAGAAGAAUUCCACCAAUUUCGCAUUAAAGUACAAGUCCACCCCAACAAAAACUUGAUUUGAAUAAAAAGAGAAAAAUUCAACAAGCACAACACUGAAAAUUUCA